CGGAGCAAACUUCAGUCAGGAGAACAACUGAGAUAAUCCAUCCACAAUACGAGAGGAGGAUGCUUCCACAGAUAGAUGGACUCUCCCUUUCUCCAGUCAAAGUCUUCAGUAUUUUGAUUUUCCAUCUUCUAAUACACUUAAAUCGAGCGGAGUCUCAGGUGGUUGGUCCACAUCAACCAGUAGUUGCAUUAGUUGAUGAUGAUGUUAUUUUACCAUGUCACGUGGAGCCUGCAGAGGAUGUGACAGCUCAGAUAUUGGAGUGGACAAGAUCUGACUUGAACCCAAGAUUUGUCCAUGUGUGGCGAUCCGGUCAGGAUCUGGUGAAUACAAGAAAUCCUUCAUACAGGGGAAGAACAUCACUGUUCAUCAAUGAACUGAAGAAUGGAAACAUUUCACUGAAACUCUCCAGAGUAAAACUGUCUGAUGGAGGAACAUAUGAAUGCAGUGUUCCUUUAAUGAAGAAAAAAUCUUUUGUUAAGCUUGUGGUUGCAUCAGAUGCUGCCACCUCACCUGUCAUCAGUUUAUCAGGGAUUGACAAAAACAGAGGAGGAGUGGUGUUACAGUGUGAGUCUGCAGGCUGGUAUCCAGAGCCUGAGCUGCUGUGGUUGGACGGUGAGGGAAACCUCCUCUCUGCUGGACCUACAGAGACCCUCAGAGGUCCUGAUGACCUCUAUACUGUCAGCAGCAGAGUGACUGUGGAGAAGAGACACAGCAACAACAUCACCUGCAGAGUCCAACAGAGGAACACCAACCAGAGCAGAGAGACACACAUACAUGUUCAAGAGGAUUUCUUUGAGAUCCCGUCCAGUUCUUCCUCUGUCAUCAUCGGUUUGGCUGUUAGUUUGGCUCUUUGCAUCAUCCUGUUAAUAUUAUCAUCCGUUGUUCUUUUACUUAGAAAGAGGAAACACAAGAACAACAGGAGGCCAAAGGAUCAGACUGACUCAGGAGAUGCUGAAGUUCCUCUGAGGAAGACAGAGAGAGAGAAACAAAAUACCAGCAGCUCUUCUGUCCAAACUAAGAAGCAGACUUCAUGCUGGGAGAAGAAAACUGAAACCAUCGAUCAGCUCCAGCAGUUGAAACAAGCAGCAGAGAUCCUGAAGAUUCAGCUGGAGUCCAAAAAUCAGCAGAUUAUCAAAUCUGGAAAGAAGGAUGAAAUCAUUACGAAGCUGACAGACAUAUUUCCUACACUGGAAUCAAAGGUCAGUGAAAGCAUCUCUCAGCAGACAGAGGUAAACAUGGACACAUGUGAUGCUGUCAUCCUCCCAAUGAUCACAGACCUGUGCACUUAUAUUCCUGCAGUUUUGUCCAGCAGCAGCUUCUGUAUCAUUAACCAAACACAACUUUGA